AUUAAUUCUGAAUCUUGGUUUGCGGGUGAUGGAGUUACUGAUUGGUACAUUAGUGAAGGGCGUGGAUUUCGUCUUGUACAUGAUAUCGAUCAAUAUGAUAAAGAUGCCGUUCUAGCAAUUAAAUCUUCAUUGGUUAUGAAAUUUUUACGAACAAAUAAUUCAAUAUUAGCAAAAUCUCUUUAUAAAAAUACUACUUUAACCUAUUUGGAUCUUUCUCAUAAUUUUUUACAAAAUGAAGGUUGUAAAGCUUUAGCUGAAGCUCUUAAUGAAAAUACUAAAUUAACUCAUCUACAUCUUCAAAAUAAUUAUAUUGGUCCGGAGGGUGGAAUAGUAAUAGCUUUGGCUCUUCAAAAAAAUAUUUCUUUAACCCAUUUAAAUCUUAGUGAAAACAAACUCGGUCCUGAUGGUGGUCAAGCAUUAGCUAAUGCUCUUUGUAAAAACAAAUCUUUAAAACAUUUGCUUCUUUGGAAUAAUCAACUUAGUUUUGAACUUGAAAAGGCUCGUUCUAAAAAUAAUAUAGUUCAUUUAGGGAUUUCUAAUAAUAACACUAAUUAUGUCACUAGUUAUGUUGCCCCUUAA